AAAACUUCCUGAUCCUCAUCGCAAUUUCUAACCCAAGUCUAUUUCGCAGGUGUCAGCAGAAGUUGGAUCCGACCUUGGAAAAAACAUUCACCGAGUUUCUAGCCUAGAAUGGGUCUCCAAGAAACAUUCAGGGCCUUUUCAGGCUCGGCGAGUGGAAUUGUCGAGAAAACAUUUGACAAGAGACCGGAGCUCGGCCCGCACGAAGUGGCUAUUCGAGUCACGCACUCAGGCGUUUGCUCGACAGACCUGCAUCACACCCACGACGAUAUGGUUCUUGGCCACGAGGGUGUCGGGGUAGUCGAUCAAGUCGGAGCCGAAGUCACCAAGUUCAAACCCAAUCAGCGGGUCGGAUUCGGCUACGUGUGGGGAGGCUGUGGAGAAUGCGAGAAUUGCAAGAUCGGCCGAUAUUAUUAUUGCCAAGUUAGCCCACGACAAUACGCGAGAACCGACCCAGACACGGGCUCGUGGUCGACUUAUGCCAUCCUACCCGACCAAGUGUUGAUGCACGUUCCGGACAUCAUUUCUUCAGCUGAAGCAGCUCCAUUCAUGUGCGCCGGCAUGACCGUCUUCACUCCCAUGAAGCGGUUCGGCGUAGGCAAAGAGAAGCGCGUUGGCAUCACCGGCAUUGGAGGCCUCGGCCACCUAGCCAUCCAGUUCGCGGCCAAGCUGGGCGCAGAAGUGGUGGUGUUUUCGACGUCCGAAAACAAACGCGACGAGGCCGCGAAGUUUGGCGCGACGGAGUUUUACGUGUCCGGCGACCUGGACAAGUCCAAGCCGAGCCAGCGCCUGGACUACCUGAUCGUCACUGGCACGAGAUUUCCAGAUUGGGACGUCUUCUUCCCUUUACUUAACCACCAUGCGCAGAUCAUGCUUGUGGGAUUCUCCCCCGAGCAGUUGACACUGCCGUUUUGGCCGCUGAUGAUGAGUGAGAUAAGCGUUCACGGAUGUCUGACCAGCACUCCGGACGAGUUCGCGUCCAUGCUCAAGUUCGCCGCCGACCACGGUGUCAAGCCGGUUAUUGAGGAAUUCCCAAUGACCACGGAAGGAGUUGCACAAGCCGUGGAGAAGCUAGAGAAGGGUACAAUACGAUAUCGUGGCGUUUUGGUUGUAUGAUGCGCAUCAUGCUUAGCUUCACAUGAAUCUCCCGUCACUUGCACGGGCUCUAAACAUAAAUCAACUGUGCAUCGGAAUUCAUCGUCUUCUUCAAGGGUUUAGAAAUUCUGGGUAUCAACUAAUGGAUGUAGC